UUUCUUCAAAGGAAGUGUUUUCUGUGGUUAGGGAGGGGCCUUCUGUCUGACUUCGCAAAGAAAGUGCAGCGGCAAUAUGUAUUAUUAAGUCCUGAUUGUUAUAGUUAUAAAGAAAUUCCACACCGCGGUUGGCAUUGUUUACUUUAUAUUUUUGAAAUAAGGCGAUGCUGUAAAUUUGCGGCGAGUAACCAAAGGAGUUGGACGAUUUAUACUGAAGUUUGCUAAGCGGAACAAGAAACCAGCUUAGUCGGUCCCAUGAGCACUAGAAGUGUAAACGGCUGUACGUGUUUCGAGGAAGACUAACAGCUGUUCGCAUCGAGGCGAAUCCUGUCCUGAGCACCAGGGAUAGGGGUAUAGGGGAGAGGGUUCUUCUCCUAAAGCAGAGUUAAACCCCACAAACGCGCGUGUGUGCACAAACACUCACACACACACACACUCUCACUCAGCACAGCGCCCUCCGCCACCAUGUCCCUGGCGCUGAAGCAGGUCUUCAACAAGGACCGGACGUUUCGGCCCAAGCGGAAGUUCGAGCCGGGAACGCAGCGCUUCGAGCUGCACAAGAAGGCACAGGCGUCGCUCAACGCCGGGCUGGACCUGAAGCAGGCGGUGCAGCUGCCGCACGGCGAGGGCCUCCACGACUGGGUGGCCGUGCACGUGGUGGACUUCUUCAACCGCAUCAACCUGAUCUACGGCACCAUCAGCGACUCCUGCACCGAGCAGAGCUGCCCCGUGAUGUCCGGCGGGCCCAAGUACGAGUACCGCUGGCAGGACGACGGCAAGUACAAGAGGCCCACCGCCCUGCCCGCGCCCAAGUACAUGAGCCUGCUGAUGGACUGGAUCGAGGUGCAGAUCAACAACGAGGACAUCUUCCCCACCAACGUCGGUACUCCUUUCCCAAAGACCUUCAUGCAGGUGGCCAAAAAGAUCCUGUCGCGCCUGUUCCGCGUGUUCGUGCACGUCUACAUCCACCACUUCGACCGCGUGUCCCACAUGGGGGCGGAGGCGCACGUCAACACCUGCUACAAGCACUUCUACUACUUCGUCACGGAGUUCAACCUCACGGACCACAAGGAGCUGGAGCCUCUGAAAGAGAUGACAUCACGGAUGUGCCACUGAGAAAUGGACCCGCCCCCCCCCCAUUCCCAAACUUCACAUUCCCCCCCCCUCUCCAGGAACACAGCCGGACCACACGGGAGAGAAGACUGAAACAGGAAACGCGAUCGGAGAGAAGACUGAAACAGGAAACGCAAUCAGAAAGAAUCUAUUUUUGUAAACGUGUACUGUAAUGAUCUUUUUAGCAGGAGAGCUUUUUAAGCAGCCUAUUUUCUACUGUUUUUUUUUUUUGGAGAAGCGGAGAAGUUCUAUUAGUGUCCAGCAUACACCAAUCAUUCUUUCCUUUUUUGGUGAAAUGUUUUUUUUUUUUGUUGAUAUUUUGUUGUGCCUUUCUGUUCAGUGUGAAACAUUAUGGCUUUUACAUAUUACAUAUUUAUGUGUUUUUAAAAAGAACGUUUUUUUUUUU